AUGUUGUUGCAAAAUACUUCCGUUAUCUUAUCCAAGGCCUCUAAGAGAAAUCUUCGUAAAAGGAUUUGUGUGCUACAAAAAAAGCAAAAAUUGAAAAGCCUGUUAGUUCAAUCACCAAUGAG